AUGUGGCAUUUGCGUGACCUGUGACGAGAAAGCUAGGUCCACUAUUCUCAGGGGGAGAUUACGGCAGUGUACUCUUUUUCCCUUGUCAUGGUUUUUGUCCCAAUGGGUUUUUCCAUGACUAGAUUUUUAACGAGACACUACGUAAUAUAAGAUGGAUAAUCAAGAGCGAGUGUUCGAAGAUAAAUAUCAAAAGAGGAUGAUUAUCCAACUUGGAUACUUGUCCUAUCAUAACAUCAUCUUUGUCAUCUCUACGCGUCUUGUUCUCUAUUAAAGAGAUGAUGACUAUGUAAUUUUGUUGCACUAUAAAUAGCUAAGUUAAGUUGUUGUUCUGAGAAGAUAAAAGAUACAACAAUAAUAAGAUCACUUUCUUCUUUACUCUUCACAAUCACACAGACCAACUCUCACUCUCUCCUUUAUUAUUCUAUUUUCUCUAUAAAUACAAGUAUAUACAUAAUCAUUUAUAUCCUGAGGUAAUAGUUCAUAACACAUUUUGAUUUCAGACGAAGUCUCUUCUCCCUUAACAAACGUGUGCUUUUAGCCAUAAGUCGCAAAAAAAAUUUCUCUUUUUUUUUGUUCGACAAAUCAAAACGUUAGCCAUAAAUGGCAGCUGUAUACAGUUUUAGCAUUACCGAUAUAAUUUUAAGAUUAGGAAUCCGAUUUUAGUAGAUAAAGAAAUUAUUAUAAAGGUAAAAAAAUAUCAGAUUUUUGAAGCUGUAUAAAUACAAAUCUAAAAAAUUGUAAUUUAUUCAUUCAUAGAAUCAACAUACAAACCAUAAAACGGAUUAGAGCACCUCCAAUGGGGAUGAAGUUCAAAAAAUUCAUAUAUAUAUAAGUAUAUGUUGUAUAUGCGUAUGUAAGUGUGGAGUCCGUUAUUUUGUAGAGAACCCCACCCUUAAGGUUCUUAAAACAAACAAAGUUUUAAGAACCCUAAGACCAUCAUUAUCGGCGAUCCUUAAGAGGGUUUUUUAAAAUUAAUGACUCAUUUAAUUAAAUCAAAAAUACAUAAUAUCCCAAACACCGAUCCUUAAUGUAGCUAUUUUGUAACCGAUCCUUAACACACAUUUAAAGACACGUGUCAGCACCUAAACUAAUAUGAUGAAGCAUCAUCUCUCCACCGAUGCCGGUAAAGAGCUCACGGAGAAGAUCGGUCUCGUUUAUCAGAUCAAAGUCUCUCCCAAGAAAUUAGGGUUUGAAGAGGUUACCUGCAUCGUGGAUCUGAAGAAAGGGGAAGUCACCAAAGGAAAAUAUGAAGGAGGGAAAGUGGAUGCUACUUUCUCCUUCAAAGAUGAUGACUUUUUUCAAAGUUGCUACUGGCAAGAUGAAUCCUCAUAUUGCUUUCAUUAGUUUUGUCUUUUUUUUGUUAAUGUCAUUUUAUUACAAGUUUUUAAGCAGCCUUUUGUUUUUGUGUCUAAACCCAAAUCCACCAAGCUUCUGCUGUCUUGAUUUUGUUUGAUUUGGUUCAAGAAGUUGAUCUCUGAGUCUCUGUGUGAAUG